UUUGCUAACAACCGAAUAAAAUCUUGCGACGGUUUUAGGUCUGGAUGCCAUAACCUAUAAAAUCCCCAAUUUGAAAAGCGUAGCGAGAGAGGAAAAGGGAGGGCGUCUUCUCUGCAGCCCACCUUAGCUCUUCAGAUUCCGCUCCCCGUCUCGCCUACUUCAGAUCUCGAUCCCAGGGACCUAGGGUUCCGGUGAUCUUCCUCGAGCUCGAGAUCUUUCGAUCGGAGGUAAUGGCAACAUUUGAGUUAUACCGGAGGUCCUCGAUUGGCAUGUGCUUGACGGAGACCCUAGAUGAGAUGGUUUCUAAUGGGACAUUAAGCCCAGAGCUUGCCAUCCAAGUACUGGUGCAGUUUGAUAAGUCAAUGACAGAGGCCUUGGAGACCCAAGUGAAGAGCAAGGUUUCUAUCAAGGGACACCUGCACACCUACAGGUUCUGUGACAAUGUCUGGACCUUCAUCUUACAGGAUGCAACAUUCAAGAAUGAGGAAUCUUCUGAAACUGUUGGGAGAGUGAAGAUUGUAGCUUGCGACUCCAAGUUGCUUACCCAAUGACUGCCCCUACAUGUUUUCUUUCUUGAUGAUAAGCCACUCUUGCUUUUGGAUUCGCAAGUACCCAUCCUGCAGCUGAACUGAUAUAGUAGGGUAUGUUUGUUACAUGCUCUUGACAUAGAUGUUCACGGUAAUUUAAGUAAUUGCACCAUGAAUGCAUCUUUGGCAUUAUUACUCA